CAACAACCCCGGUUAAGUGAUCACCUGACCAACGCGGAAGUAAAGAUCCCGAGGAUGCAAAGUGGCUCUUUGAAAUGGUUCCUAGAUUCCGAGCGGUGUUCCAGAGGUUUUUGAAAGACGUUUUAGUAAAAUGGUGCGGUGCUUCCUGAUCCACACUGUGUGCCCAGUCGGCGCUCUGACCGCCGGGGAAAGUCGGGUGCUUUACUCCCGGCUCUUCGGUCCAGACGAGGUGGUUCUGUCCAAACAACAACGCGAGUUCACCCCGGAGGAGAGGAGACUCCUGCAGAAGGAGAAGGUUUCUGUGGUGGCCAGGCGGGUCCGAAGUGCCGUCUCCCUGUCACGGGAGGCUAGUGGUCGGCAGCUGGUGGACGCGUUGCCGGGCGACGAGGCUCUGGUCCUGCAGGACGCAGACAGCGGGGUGGUGCGUCUGAGAGCGGGCGAACCUUUCUCUGAGGAAAUGAGCGUCCUGUGGCUGGGGGUCCAGAGCCUGGGCUUCACGCUGGUCUGUGAGCCUCACGACAACCUGCUGCUGGCCGAGGGCGUCUUAAGAAACCUGACCAGGCACUGUCUGGACAACCUGCACAUGCUGGGGCAAGGCAGCGAGGUCCUGCUGAAGAGCAGCCGGAUCGACGUUCUGCUCAGCCGCCUGCUUCCUCAUGGCCAGCUCCUCUUCCUCAACCAUCGCUUCGCUCAGAGUCUGGAGAAGGAGGUGGCGUCUUCCAUGGCCAAAUGAGGCCAACAGCUGCAUCACCUCCACCUGCCAGCUGGAGCUCGAUAACCGCCAGCUUUAACCAAGACUUGGCACCAGAGUUUACUUUUGGUAACGUGUGUGUGUUUGAGAAGCGGGCCAGACGUCUCUCUGCUGCUGGAAGACGUGUAAACACAGAGUGAGGAUCAUCUCCUUCUGCCACCUUCACUGGUUCCUCACUGUGGGGGAGGCUUCGCUUUCUAUCCUGUUUGUCAAAUUCAAGAGCGGAAAAGUAAAAAAUAA